AUGCCGUCUGAUGCGAAGAAAGCACGCGAGGCCGCCAAGAAGGCAGCCUCAAAAGGAGGAAAAGGAAAGAAGAAGGAAGUGACUCCAUCCAUGUCACAAAACCCCUCCGUCGCCAGUCUUUCGGGUCUCGACGAGGAGCUCGAUCAUGCAGCAGCCACUCUCGCCAAAAUUGAGUUGGAGAACGCUGCCGCCAGAUCUGUAGCUGGAGCUUUGACAUCAGAUCCAAAGGGUCUCGAUCAUCGAGUGGAGAGCUUGACUAUCACUUUCCACGGUCGUGAAAUCGUUGUCGACACGAAACUCGAGCUGAAUCGUGGUCGCCGUUACGGUCUCAUCGGUCUCAAUGGAUCCGGAAAGUCUACCGUCCUUCAAGCCAUCUACAACAAGGAAAUGCCGAUCCCAGAAUCCGUUGACAUGUAUCUCGUCUCCCGUGAGAUGCCAGCGUCUGAAGUCACCGCUCUUCAAGCUGUCGUUGAUGUUGACUCGGUCCGUAAAGAUUUGGAACAUCUCGCCGAGCAACUCGCCAGUCAGCCCGACGAGGAAAGUCAGGAGAAGUUGAUGGAUGUGUACGAGAGAUUGGACGAGAUGGACGCGGAGCUCGCCGAAAAGAAGGCCGCUGAAAUUCUGCACGGACUCGGAUUCACCAAGACUAUGCAAAUGAAGAAGUGCAAAGACUUCUCGGGAGGAUGGAGAAUGCGUAUCGCUUUGGCACGUGCUCUCUACCUGAAACCCUCCGUCUUGUUGCUCGACGAGCCCACUAACCAUUUGGAUUUGGAGGCUUGUGUGUGGCUUGAAGAGGAGCUCAGUCAGUAUAAGAGAACUCUUUUGGUGGUCUCUCACUCGCAGGAUUUCAUGAACGGAGUCUGCACCAACAUUAUUCAUUUGUUCCAAAAACAACUCGUCUACUACGGAGGAAACUACGAUUCGUUUGUGAAGACUCGCUUGGAAUUGCUUGAAAACCAACAGAAACGCUACAACUGGGAACAGUCGCAACUUCAACACAUGAAAGACUACGUGGCGAGAUUCGGUCACGGUUCUGCGAAACUCGCUCGUCAAGCUCAAUCGAAAGAGAAGACUAUGGCUAAGAUGAUCGCUGGAGGUCUCACAGAGAAGGCUGUCACUGAGACAGUCAAACAGUUCUACUUUUUCGAUGCCGGAGAAAUUCCACCACCAGUCAUCAUGGUCCAACACGUCUCGUUCCGUUAUAAUGAGAAUACUCCAUGGAUUUACAAGGAUAUCGACUUUGGAAUCGAUUUGGAUACAAGAAUCGCGUUGGUCGGACCGAAUGGAGCAGGAAAAUCGACGUUGCUGAAAUUGUUGUGUACUGAUGUGAUGCCAACUGACGGUUUGAUCAGAAGACAUUCUCAUUGUAAAAUUGGAAGAUACCAUCAGGUAGGUUAA